AUGGAGCAACAGAAUCUUUUGGACACUGAUCAGUUUUUGACUCUGGGCCCCACAUCUGACGAGCCACACAGUCCUAAGGAAGGAGGUACGCAUGUCAACGCCGCCGCCGAUAGCAACAACAACGACAAAGAUGUUGUUAGCGCAGUUAAUGUUGGAAUUGGUCCUGGUUCUGGUUCGGAGCUUGUUGUGGCCGUAGAAAAUUCCGAGGCUGCUGCAGGUUCGGGAGUGGUGGUGAAGAGAGGAAGGGGAAGGCCUCGGAAGCACGAGGCGGUCGGGAGCAUGGUGUCUCCCUUGGCGGCGGUGGUGCAGCUGCCGGGAUUUUCUGAUCAGAUCAAGAGAGGCAGGGGACGCCCUCGUGGCUCUGGGAAACUGCAGGUUAUAGCUUCCAUUGGUGGGUUUAUGGCAGAAACAGCUGGGGGAAGCUUCAUACCUCACGUGCUGACAGUGCAAGUUGGAGAGAAUUUGGUAGGCACAAUAAUGUCAUUUUUUGAGAAAGGCCCUCUAUCAGUUUGCUUACUUUCUGCUACUGGUGCUGUUUCAAAUGUGACCAUUCGCCAACAUGCUGGUUCUAAUCAUAUCAUGAGAUUUGAGGGUACCUUUGAGAUAUUGUCUUUAUCAGGAGCUUGUACCUACGUUAGUGGCACUAAUGGUCCAGUUCGUAGAAGUGGAUCAUUAAGCAUUUCAAUGGCUAAACCUGAUGGGAAUGUUUUGGGAGGUGUCCUUGAGAGUGCAUUGGUAGCAGCUUGCCCUAUUCAACUUGUUAUGGCCACUUUCAAGCAAAACACCAAUAGCCAACUGAAGAGAAAACAAUUGUUUGAAUCUUGUGAUGUCCCCCUUAUGCUGGAAAGUUCAGAUUCAGAAAGGGGUAAAAUGAAAGUUGCAAAGUGGACAGAAAGUGAGAAGAGUUGUCCAUCACCACCACCAACAGGACUUGAACCAACAACAAAAACUAAUUGCAUAGCAGAUAGUGUCAUUACUCCACACAGUAUGCACUCUGCAUGUGUUAUUGGUGCUGAUAUGGACAAUCAGGCCCCGCAGUCCGCAUCAGAUGAUUCAGACCAAAAGAAUUCUGCAGAUGUGAAUGCAAGUGCUAUAGAUCUGUAA